GAGGAGGGUGGGAUUUGUUCUGGGCGCUCCCCAGCCGGGAGCCCGCCGCGGGGGGGGCUCUCUUCAUGUGCUCGGGAGUUCACCCAGCCCGGGGGCGGUGCCUGGCCGGAGGCAUGAGGGAGAGCAAGGGUCACACGCAUGUGCAGAGACGCACACAGACACACAUAAUGGAAAAGGGAGAAGGUGCAUUUAUCGAACGCCCAGAGCCCUCCCGGACUUGAUAAAAAAAAGGGGGGGUCCAGCCAGGCGGCAAAUGCCCAGACGACAGCAGGCCGGCAGGCGCCAGCCCCACACGGGCGCACACACGCACGCACACCCAGGCGGAGGGGCGCAUGCCCAAGCGCACGUCGCCGCGUGUGACGCGGGAAGAGAGGGAACACCCCACGCGCAUACACAGGGAGCGAUGGCAGCUGUGGCGCGGAGAGGCCGGCGGCGGGAGCCCCCAGCGGGGUGCCCACUCUCUCGAAUGGUAUUUCCUCGGGUACUGGACUGUCGGAAUCUCAUCGCUUGAAGAGGUCGCUAAUAUCACGCCGGAGCUGCGAGUGGACCAGGCGAUCGAUCGACACCGAGGCGGCGAUCGAGGCGGCACUCUCGCCAGCCCCGGGCCCCGGCGGCAGGAGCCCCGAGCCGGUCUCGGACUUGUCGUGCUCGCCGGAGCAUGGGGGGGAGGUGGGAUCGGUCUCGGCCCGGGUGCUGCUGCCCUCGUCCUCGGCCUGGUGGGCGGCGGCCUCGGCGCCGGUGCCCAGUCCUGCCCGACUGCCAGCUGCUCGGGCCCCGAUGACAAGUUGCUCGAAGGGGACGGGCCCAGCGGCGGCGGCGGCCGCAGACCCACCGGGUCUUGUGGCGGAUGCCGGUGCUGGGCCGCCCUCCUCCGGGGAGGAGCCGGCCGUGCUGGGGAUGGGCAAUUCCGGACAAGAAUGCGCCCGCUCGGUGGCCGGGCUCCAGCCACUGCGCAGCAGCAGGGCAUACCCCCGGUUGGAUGGGUCGAGAGGCGGGGCCCGGAGGAGACGAGCCACGGGCGGGGCCACUGCCGGGCGCCGAGACGACGGGGCAUCCGGCCGCCGGAUCGGCACUCCCACCAAGCAUGCUGGCAGGGCUGGCCGGGCCCCUCGCGGCAGGGGGGAGGGGAACCCGGCAAAGCGGCGCUCGCCAACCGGCGCCAAGUCCUCCGGUGCCGGGUCAAGCGCCGGGCCCGGCUCAAUUGUCAUGAGAUCACCCUCGGCAGCCGGCUCAAAGCCCACCGGGGUUGGUGGCCCCCCGAUGGCGGGGACCCGAUCUAGGAUGGUGAUCUCUCGUGACAAGAGACUCUGCAGCCGAUGCGAUGAGCCGGCCGCCGAGGGUGAAGUGCCAUGCCUUGGGGCCUUGCGGGCCAGGAGAGCCGGUGAAGAGUGCGAGCGCUCGACCUCCAGCCGGGCCCGCCGGGUGGACGUGCCAGGCACACAGACAAUUGACCGGUAAAUGUCGGCCGAGGAGGACGAUCGAGAGGGACCGGCCGGCGGCGGGGGCGACGUGCGCUCCGGCACCAUGGCGGCCGCGCCAAUCCGGCUGGCGACCGGGGCCUCGGUCGGGCUCCAAGUCCGGGUGGGGGAGCCCUGACGCAGUCGGGCGAUUCGCGGCUCCGGCGAGAGGGUGCGCUCGACAGUCGAUGCGAAGUUGGCAAACGGGCCGGCGGAAGGGGGGGACGCCGGACAGACAGCUGGCCGAGAGGCGGGCGAGCCGCCAUCAGGGGACAUGGAGGCAGGGGACAGGGCAACAGCAGCCGGGGCCUCUUCAAACGGCCAUUUCCUUCGGGCGGCAAUCGGGAGGGGGGGUGAAUGGAACGACCAGGAUGCCAAGCCAGAUGCGCGAAGCUGACGGCACAGAGAAAGGGGCAAGGAGGGGACGCGUCGGGGGGG